GCGCCUGCACACUGCGUCCCGGGCUAGAAGAUUUUACGCCUGCGCCGUAAGUCCCCCGCUCCCCCCACCCGGCCUAAAGAGCUAGCGCACUGGGUUCCCCGCCCGAAACGCGCGCGCCUGCGCACUAGCGCGCACCCCGCCCCUCCCGGGCCGGGCCCGCCCCCCUCCCGCGCCACGUCUGUCCAGCGAGUCUGAGGGGCACUCAGCGGUGCUGCCCGGGCUGCGGACGGCGUCAUGGGCGGCACGGCCUGCGCGCUGCUGCUGCUGCUGCUGCUGCCGCUGCUGCUGCGGGCGGAAGGGCCUCGGGGAGCCGAGCUCACCUUCGAGCUGCCGGACAGCGCCAAGCAGUGCUUCUACGAGGACGUGGCUCUCGGGGUGCGCUUCUCGCUCGACUAUCAGGUCAUCGCGGGGGGCCACUACGACGUGGACUGCUCAGUGGAGGACCCACAGGGUCGUAACCUGUACCAUGGCACCAAGAAGCAGUAUGACAGUUUCACGCACCAGGUAGAGCUGGCAGGUGUCCACCAGUUCUGCUUCAGCAAUGAGUUUUCCACUUUCUCGCACAAGACUGUCUACUUCGACUUCCAGGUGGGGGAUGAGCCCCCCAUUCUGCCAGACAUGGGGAGCCGGGUCACUGCCCUCACGCAGCCGCUGUCCACCCCCACCCAGAUGGAGUCGGCCUGUGUCACCAUCCACGAGGCGCUGAAGUCCGUGAUCGACUCGCAGACGCACUACCGGCUGCGGGAGGCCCAAGACCGGGCUCGGGCGGAGGACCUGAACAGCCGCGUGUGCUGCUGGUCUGUGGGAGAGACAGUGGUGCUGCUGGUGGUCAGCCUGGGCCAGCUGAUGCUUCUCAAGAGCUUCUUCAUAGACAAGCGGCCCAGCAGUGGGGCCUCCUAGGGGCCCCGGUGUGUGUGUGUCUGUGAGGAGGGCACCGUCCUGGCUCCAGGGCUCUACAGCUGGUGGGGAGCCAGCAUGGGGGCUGUCCCUGCACACCCUGGCCACCACCAGUCGCCUCCUUGUAGUAACCUGGAUGAAGACGCCCUGGGGGCUGCUCUUUUGGGAGAGGGUGCAGGCAGGGCCUGGUCAUCGGUCAUCGGCAGCACCCCUGCUACAGGGAGGGGCCUUCCAUGCGCCCCCUGCUGCCCCAGAGGCAGGCUGGGGGGUUGGGGCCUGGACAGAUGGUGGUGGGAGGGACUCAAGUCAAUAAACUGACCUUGAGCCCUAC